AUGAUGGCUAGGUAUCAGUUUUCAGAAGUGUUUACACAAGCUGAAAGGAGGGAAUAUAAUUGCCACAAGAGGUCUAGAUUUUCCGUGAUUGUACAAGUGGUGAAGAUUGAGUUGCAUUGUCGUGAAAAGAAGCUCACUAACAUGGGUAUCUCUGGAGCUAUGUCUUCUUCUGUACCCCUUUUGCCUAUUCCUUUGGAGGAAGCAUAUCCCAAAUUGCCUGAUUCUCUCCUGGUUACAUUAGAAAGGGAGUUGACUACAAAUCCAAUUUCUUCACGGCCAACUCCGCUGGUUUCUGGCAAUAGGAUGGUUGGGCAUUUAUUUUCAUCAGCUUCUGGAUUUCCCAUGGAUCAUCAGUUUCCUCCAAUAUCACCUCAAAGAAGGCACUGCCAAAAUUCUGCAUUCAUUCCGAAGUCAUCAAGUGAUGGAGUGUCUUUGCCACUGACUCAGUCUUGCCGUUCAGGUGUACAAUCCGCACCAUUGAUUAAUUACCCCAAAGAAAAGAAGGAUGACUGCUGGAGUACAAAUUCACUUCAGGAUAUCAUUGAAAUUCCUGAAAGUGUCUCCAUCCAGAAUGGUCAGGUAGGAAGCAGUACUGGUGUAAUGACAUCUGCAGACCAUGGUAAGAGAACUGAUUGGCAGGAAUGGGCAGAUCAGUUAUUCAAUGUUGAUGAUGCUCUGGAGCCAAAUUGGAGUGACAUACUUGUGGAUGUUGAUGUGCCAGAUCCUGAGCCAAAGCCCCAAGUUCCUAGUCAUCAAGCUAUGUCAUCUAGAGAAGUUGUUACUGGUGCUGAUCCAUUGUCUGCUGCAUCCUUGACCAAGCCUCGCAUGCGCUGGACGCCAGAACUUCAUGAAGCCUUUGUGGAUGCUGUCAAUCAGCUUGGUGGUAGUGAACGAGCUACUCCUAAAGGCGUCUUGAAGCUCAUGAAUGUUGAACGCCUGACAAUCUAUCAUGUGAAAAGCCACCUGCAGAAGUAUAGAACAGCCAGAUAUAAACCAGAGGCAUCAGAAGAGAGAAAGGUGACUCCUAUUGAGGAUGUGGCAUCUUUAGAGGUGAAAACGUGA